ACCCCACGGGUUCCCAGAGUCCUCCGCGACAGCCAGUAUGGAGGCCGGGAGGACUGCAGUGCUUCGCGUGAAGCGGAAGCGUAGCGCAGAGGCUGUCGAAGCUCUUGUCCUCUCUUGUAAGCGCCUGCGGAGGGGCGGCGUCGAGUCGGUAGCCCAAAAGACACCUCCCGAGGAUGUGGAGAGAGAGCCAGAGAAUAAUGUCUUCCAGUUGGUGGCCACCGUGCGCUCCCAGGAGGAGCCAGUCCAGGAGCUCGUUCGAGCCGCCCUGCGCCCUUCCCGGGGCAGCCAGCAGCGUAUCCGCCGAGAACUCCGCGCUUCGGCUCGGGAGAUCCGACAGGAGGGCCGCUACAGGGUGAUUUCUAGCCGCCGAUCCUCAGGAAUUCCGUCGGGUAGCCUAGAGUCCGAAGACGUGCCGGGAAACCCAGAAGCCACCGAGGACGGAAGCUUCCAGCUGUUCGACCUAGUCCACGAGGAAGGAGACCCAGAGACCGCCGCCGCCGCCGCAGUCUCCUCCAAAAUCUCUGACCCAGAUGUGAUCCUCUGCAAUUCUAUAGAGUUGAUCCGUGAGCGGUUGGCUGUAUCUGAGGAUGGACCAAGAAUUGGGCACCAGGAGGAACAGAAGGAUGACUAUGUAUAUGACAUUUACUACUUGGAGAUGGCCACUCCAGGAUGGAUUGAGAACAUCCUCUCCGUGCAGCCCUAUAGCCAGGAGUGGGAGCUGGUGAAUGAUGACCAGCAACCAGAAGACAUUUAUGAAGAUGAUGAUGAUGAGAAUAGUGAGAGUAACUGGCGCAAUGAGUACCCAGAGGAGGAGAACAGUGAUGGAGAUGAAGAUUCCAGAGGCUCUGAUGAAUACGACAGCUUCAGUGAAGAGGAAAGAGGCAGCAGCAGACCACAGAUGUGGAGCAAAUACCCUUUGGAUGUGCAGAAGGAAUUUGGCUAUGAUAGUCCCCAUGACCUGGAUUCAGACUGA